AAUAAUUGCGCGCAUGCGCAGAACGGCUGCACCAACUCUUCAAUGAGAAACAUUCGACGAAAAAACCAUUGGAAAAAAACACACUUAGCAAUUCCCAUUUAGCAACUCUGCUAUAAAAAACGUGUAGGAAAAAUUGAUUACCGGACGUCGAGAACAGGUUAUCAUCCGGUUACCGGACGGCUAAACCGCAUUACCGGACGGCCAGACACGGAAGUAUUGAGGGACAUAUCGAUACGUAGUUCAACAUGGCGUUUAUCUUUAGGGUUAUUCUAAUUCUAACUGCAAGAUUUCUAUCCGUUAUUGAAGGGGCUCCAGUUUUAUCUGUUGAUGAUACUCCAAGCAACUAUUCUUCUGUUGCGACCCUCAAAUGCAGUGAUCCCACUUAUACUUCUGGAAAUGGAUACAGGUGGACUAAAGAUGGAGUUCUUAUCUUUGACCAAAGUGGAGAGGUAUCAACAAGUGGGAAGUACAGUGAGGGAAUUGAUGGAACUACUUUCAAGCUUAUUAUCAGUAACCUUGUUGCUGAUGAUGAAGGAAGCUAUAUUUGCAACCAUGGAUUUGUGGAUUCCAGCACACUAAAUCUAGAGAUAGAAUCAAGAGGAGAAGUCAAAGCUGAACAGUUGUCUAAUGGGAAGCUAGAAGUAAUCUUUUCAAAGAUUUACCCAAGUACAAUUACUACUGUUAUAACUUGUGGAAUGAAA